GAAAUUCGUGCAGGUGCGGGUGAAGGAAACCUUGGAAGCAAACAACCCAAACAACCACCCCUUCCUCCCCCCAAUACACCCCCAAACCCAGCCAUUGUUCCGAAUUUAUGAGAUUAAAGAUUGUUAAUUCUAUACGAAAAUUCCAACCUACCAUCCGAUUUGCCCAAUCACCUCAAUAAACUCCAUCUAGCUAUUUUAAUAUCUCCCCAUCACUGAGGCCACCCAUCCUACCAAUUCCCAGCCCAUCCCGGCAAUGGAUAUUAAAGCAAUACUAAAAUUGACCCUAGCACGGGCGCCAAGUAACGGGCUCCUCGGCUUGCGGCUGACCAUGGCUUGCCCUUUUCCGUUUACAGUAGGAGACCACAGAAGCUAAGAUGCCUUUUUUUGCGUUGCUCCCUUGGGUACAUGAUCUCUUUAUUCAUGGCUCUGGAGGGCUGACGCAAGCUUCCCGGGGGGAUUUGACCUGUUUUAUUCUGGAGAUGACUUACAUUACUCGUAGUACUCGUGGUACUCGCGGUACUAGGUAGGAUAGAUCCAUAGUCCUACUCCCUAAGUAUUACUUGUAUAACUAGAACACAACAUGCCAGCGCAUCUCUCCACCAUUAAACCAUUUUUUCUUACUUGAGCUUUUUCCUUUAUUUUUUCUUUUUUCUCUUUCGUCAGUUCCUGUCCACCCACCUUCCCUUUCCAUUGCGCCUCUCGACACACUUAGACGAGACGCUCUACGGAGGAGAGACCGAAAGAUGCGUUUACCACUCCCUCUACCCCUGCUCUCGCUUAUCUCGACCGCCAUCGGAUCGCCGGCUAGUGACAUCAGCCAUGGCUACGCCCCGGUCGACUCUCGCGAUGUCAUGAUAGGCCGCGCUGCUCCGGAAGAUCCCUCCGGUAACUAUGCGCCGGCUACUGUCGACUGCCCCCAGCAACGGCCGACAAUUCGAGGCGCCGGAUCCUUAUCACAGUCGGAACGGGAUUGGUUGAAGAACCGUAGGAAUAAGACGAUCGACCCCCUGGUCCAAUUUCUUAAGAAUGCGAACUUAACCGAUUUCGACGCUGCCGGUUACGUUACUUCUCACUCGUCCAACUUCUCCGUUGUGCCCAACAUUGGUAUUGCUGUUUCAGGCGGUGGUUACCGCGCUUUGAUGAAUGGUGCUGGUUUCCUUGCUGCGGCUGACAGUCGCGUACCAGGUGCGACCGACACUGGAGGAAUUGGUGGUCUUUUGCAGAGCAGCACAUACCUAGCCGGUCUUUCCGGUGGUGGCUGGCUGGUCGGUUCCAUUUUCGCCAACAACUUCUCCAGUGUCGUACAGCUUCGCGAUGGCUACGAAGGAUCCUCUUUGUGGCAAUUUUCCAAUUCCAUUUUCAAAGGUCCAAAGAGUCGGGGAAUAUCGAUUGUUAACACCGUUGAGUAUUGGGACGACAUCAAGAAUCAAGUCGACGACAAGCGAGACGCCGGAUAUGAUGCUUCUAUCACGGAUUACUGGGGCCGAGCGCUAUCAGUUCAGCUGAUCAAUGCGGCGGACGGCGGUCCGGCUUACACAUUCUCGUCUAUCGCCGAUGCGCCUAACUUCUCUGGAGCUGAUACACCUAUGCCAAUUCUAGUGUCCGACGAACGCAGGCCGAACACCGAAGUCGUUUCCUUAAACUCGACCGUUAUUGAGUUUAACCCCUGGGAAAUUGGAUCCUUCGAUCCGACUGUUUUUGGUUUUGCGCCCAUCCGAUAUGCGGGUUCUAACUUCAGCGGUGGUAGCGUACCUAACGACGGCCAUUGCGUCGAGGGAUUCGAUUCGUUCAGCUUCGUAAUGGGAACUAGCAGCACGCUUUUUAACCAAUUUCUCCUACAAAAUCUUUCGGACACAAGUAUCCCGUCAAUAGUAGUUGACGCGCUCAGGGCGAUCUUGACUGAUAUUGGUGACAACAAUGAUGACAUUGCCGCCUGGACACCAAACCCUUUCUAUGGCUAUAACAACAACACCAAUGCGAACCACGAGGAUGAGCAGCUGACUCUUGUCGAUGGUGGUGAGGAUUUGCAGAACAUCCCGCUGCACCCUCUGAUCCAGCCGAUUCGCGAGCUUGACGUCAUCUUUGCUGUUGACUCAUCUGCGGACACUGAAACCAACUUCCCUAAUGGAACUGCGCUGCGUGCUACGUAUGAUCGUAGCAAGACGGAUAUCGCCAACGGCACCGCGUUCCCUGCGGUACCAGAUGCUGAGACCUUCGUUAACCUUGGUUUGAACAAGAAGCCAACAUUUUUUGGAUGCAACACAUCCGACUUCUCCAACGCCAGUCACAUCCCACCUCUGAUCGUGUACGUGCCAAAUGCGCCGUACACUGCACAGAGCAACGUAUCCACCUUUGACCCAUCGUACCCGGAUGAGCAGCGCAACUCCAUCAUCAAGAACGGCUACAACGUCGCUACAAUGGGCAAUGGUACACUCGAUAAAGAGUGGCCUGCCUGUGUCGCCUGUGCUAUCCUGAGCCGUAGUCUCGAGCGCACCAACACUCAAUUAAGCGCUACAUGUCAAGGUUGCUUCAGCCGGUACUGCUGGAACGGUACGACGGAUAGCACACCUGUCAGCAGCUACGACCCUACACCUAUCUUACAACUCGAUGCGCAGAGUGCGGGUUUGAGCGUGAGGAGUGACACAGCGAGAGGCGUGACUUAUGGUGUUGCCGGUGUUAUUGCUUUGGUUUUGGCAUUAUAAAGGAGUUAAGUGUUAUAGUAUAAAUUUGUUUCUAGAUACAGGGUCGUCACUUAAUUAUUUCACAAGUGAAGGAUAAGGCCAUUGACGUUAAGCUUUGAGUUUUAAUGAUCUACUUUACAAUAAGAAGGGGUUCGGACAAGAUUGUACAGGGCAUUCUUGCGUUAGCAAUGUCUCUGGAGUAGUGAGGAUGGACAGACGGAUAGACAUAUAGGUCUAGAUAGACCCUUGCGGUCAUUUGAUAGGGACUCGGGUCCAGAAACUCAGAAUUUGAUGAAAUUCGCAUACGUUGAUUACCUCGGUAGUGAUUUGAUUACAGUUAAGGGGUGCUCGCCCUGUUGCGAU